AUGAUAAAAAAAAAACUUGACCACGCUGAUGGAGGGCUCCAAGGCAGCUGGUUGCGUUACCUAUGCACUUUCUGUCACACAACACGAGAGACUGCCAAGACACAUAUUGGCACCUUCUGCAUUGACACAAGUUUCCAAGAAAUCGCAUACAUGGGCCGGUAUGUGGAGGUGAAUCCUGACAAAUUGUCAUCAUCGGCCCUGGCUGAGAAGGCAAAGAGUGUACAGCUGAAACCAGUCCUCUCUGACCCAAAGAUGAAGCUGGUUAAUGCAACCCACGCUGACAUAAACCUCAGCCAGUUCUUCAAAAAGUUAAUAAUCAGAGAAAUCGCUGGAGCGCAGGUGUGGGAUGCCAGCAAUGAUGUCGAGGAGUAUAUUGAGAACACCGAGAAGCGCCUUAAUGAUCAUGUGCGAGCCACCAUUGGUCUAGCUGAAGCUCCAAUCUUCAAGAUGCCAGGAAAUUACGCAAGGACUCUCUUUGAUGCUAGCAAUAAAUCAACCUUUCUCGAGGUCAUCCCCAACCAAGAUAAAAAAGGGGUCUUGUUCAGUCAGUUCUCAGAGAUUUCCUCUUUUUAA